AAUGAAAGGGAGUAUUUUGGUCAUUCAAGCAAGCAAGCAAAAGCGGCGAGUCAACUUCGUGUUCUUGAAGGUAGGGAAGAAGGCCAAUUAGCAGAGACCGUUGGAACAGUUUACAGAGACACAUAUACAACACGCGUAUAAUUCUGUGUCCCUGAAUCUACACUGGAAAUGGCUACUCCGAUUGUUAACGGCAGUUGAGAGAGACUAGCGGAUCGCUGCUGUAUUCGGAGGUUGCGGAAUUUGGGCGAACUGAUAGCCAAUUGAAGCAUCUCUAUUCUGAUCCGACAGUUUUGAUAGAGUCUAAUGCUUUGCAGGCUGGAAGCAUCUAGAAGAAAUGGAUUUUCCUAUAACUGAAGUUGGAGUCAAGCAAGAGAAGUUUGAAGAAGAGAAAGAGGCAGGUCCUUUGUUCCAUUGUCAUCUUUUUGACACACAAAUUGUUCGUAAGAUAGCACAAUUAUUACUCUUCGGGUUGGCCUCGGCAUGUGUAGACAACACCGCAGGUGGUCUCUUCACAAGCCCAGCUUCAGUGGCUAUUGUUAUGAGAAAAGAAAUGGUGGACUAUCUCACACAGAGAAGUGAAACAUUUGUAGCAGAAUCUGUAAUUCUAGAAGGUGGUCAAGAAUCAGAAGUGUUGGACCAUCCUAGUGAUAUAAUUUCUGAUUUUAUUCAUGAUUUUGUGAGUUCAAAGAGGAACAUCUUUAGUCAGGUUUCAAGAUGGCUACUAAGUGAAAGGAGAGAAGAUAGAAUAGAUGAUUUUGUAGAGGAGAUGGAAAUAGAUGGGUUUUGGGUCAUGGAGAGGAGGGAAGCCAUUGCACAAAUUUUGUUUAAGAAUGUCGACUUCAAGAAUGCAUUUCACUGCAAUAUGAAAUACAAGUCUGCCAAAGAGCUUGCUGAGCAUAGCCUACAGUGCAAUUUUAUGACAAUGAGCUGCACAAAUGGAGGGUGUAAGGCAAGAUUUUGUGCAUCUCAGCUGGAGAAACAUGAUUCUCUUUGCCCAUUUAAGAUGCUUCCAUGUGAACAGCAGUGCUCAGGUAGCAUCAUCCGGCGUGAAAUGGAUAAACAUUGUAUGACUGUAUGUCCAAUGAAGCUGGUGAAUUGCUCCUUUUAUGCAGUGGGUUGUCAAUAUAUUAUUCCUCAAUCUACAAUUGAACAGCACUGUAUGGAGAAUGUCCAUUCUCACUUACUCUAUGUUCUCCAAGUCAUCCACAAGAAUGCAUCUAUUGAGGAUCUCAAGAAAAGGGUUGCACAGUUGGAAGAGUCUGCACCUCCUGGACGGUUAGCAAAAGCUCAGGAUGCCAGAAUGUUGAAAUUUGCAAUCAAGGAUCUUGAAGCAGAGCUUGGCCCACUAAAAGUGAACAGCAAGAUUAAAGUCAAUGAAGACCAAACCGAGUCACCAUUUCAAAAAGAUUGUGCAGAGUUGGCCAGCCGAAAAGUACUGUUUGCAGAGUCACCCAGCAAAAAUGAAGAGUUCCAGGAAUCCCCAAACAAAAAAGAAGAGCACAUUGGAAAAGAAGAAUGCUCCAAGUCACUUGCCAAAAAGGAAGAGUGUUCCAAUUUACCACCUAACUUGCUUGGCCUUCUUAAAGAGAAUGCCAAUAUCAAGGUCAGUGAAGGCCUCAGAGAAUCUCCAAAUGAGAAAGAGAUUUCACAGUCAGCCACACAAGAAGAAGGGGAUGUAGAGUCACGUGAAGAAAGAGAAGAAUUCAUGGAAUUGCAUGACAAAAAAGAAGAGCAACUUCAAAAAGAAAAAAGCUUCAAGUCACCAACCAAAAAGGAAGAAUGCUCCAACUCAGCACCUGAUCAUCCUGACCCUCUUAAAGAGAAUGAGAAUGUCAAGGUCUUUGAUGACCACACUGAGUCACCAAGUGAAGGAGAGUGUUCACGUUCAGCCGGUCAAGGGGAAGGCUGUGCAGAGUCACCCGGCAAAAGAGAACACCAUGGGAAAGAAGAGUGCUCCAUAUCACCCACCCAAAAGGAAGAGUGCUCCUACUCACCACCUAAACAGGAAGAGUACAUCAAGUCAGCCGUCAAAAAGGAAGAGUGCAAAGAAUUAGCUACCAGAAAUGAAGGGUGCACGAAAUCCCUCAACAAAACAGAAGACUGUGGAGUCAGAAGCUAAAUAUGAAGCCUGAGCAAAUCUCAAAUUUGAUGGCACAUGUAAUUCAAGAAUUCGAAUGCUAAUUUGAAACACAUCUAUCAUGCAUGGUACGCUAGCAAAGCUUGUCCUCAAAGUCAAGUGAUGAUCCUUCAGUUACUAAAGAGUAGGCACUUCUUUUUGUGAGGAUGGUUCUGUUACUUAUUUUGCAAUUUCAGGGUUUUCAACUUUAUGUUCUUCUUGGUUCUUCCUUUUUCUGUCAGUCCAUACUCUCUUUUAGUUCAUGUAAUGAACACACAUUCAGUGCUAAUUUGGAUGUCAGUGAUGUAGAUUUUACUUGCAUGUGCCUUAUACGGUGUCAAUAAAGGCAGUUUUUUUAUCUUCUUUCUUAUUAGUUUUUUUUUUUUCCUUAAUGUUUAACAUUCUUCAAUAUCUGAAUUGAAUUUCCAAAACUAUAUCUA